AUGGAAGUGUUAAACAAACAAAUUACUUUUCUUACUAAUUACGAAGUAUUGGAUUUGCUUAAUAAAGUCAAAAAAGAGGAGGAUAAGAAGUCGAAAAAUGAUAGAAGCAAACAUCUUUCCACAAUCUUGUAUGAGGUAUGCCUGGAUCUUUGCGGUUCUCAAAUGAGUUGUUUAGCGAUGACCAGUUUAUUGGCUUUCUUUUGUCCUGGUUAUGACCUUUUUCAGUUGACAGCUGCAGAAACAUUGCAGCUAAUAAACCUUCGUCCUAGCACAACUACAGAGAUCCAGUUGCUAAUUGAGGAAAGCGAGGAACGAAUCAAAACAGAAGAAAAACUCGAAUCUUUGGUGAAUUCGAAGGCCCAUCAUUGGGGCAGGCCUAAGAGAAGAAUUACUUUUAUAAAUUAA